UCUCUCUCCUCUUUUUCUGUCUCGUCCGUCCCGGCCGGAAAGAAACGGCUUGGCUUCCGGUACGGCUCUCUCGAUAUGAGGGAGAGGCGGAAAGGGGGUUCACAGUUCGUCGGAGCGGUUAACGAUCGUCGGUGCCGGUGCUGGUGGACGCGAAGAGGCGUCAUCGCGAUCGGCGGCGCGUCGCGAUGAGCGGCAACGAUUCGAGCGUGACGGCGGCGCUCACGACGACGUCGGCGUCGGCGAGCGUCGCCGCUACCGAUGACGAGGAGGAAGAUCCAGCCUUGACCUCAGACUGCGAGUCCGCCGACAUGGAUCUGGUGAACGGGCCGAAUCCCUGGCUUCCGGCCUAUGGCUUCCAGCUGCAGCAUCACUCCCACUUCCAACCGACGCACUUGGAGGAUCUACGGGCUAAUGAUACGGUGUUGGUGCAACAAGUGGACUUCCUGGAGACUAUUCUCGAGGAGACGUCCGACGAUCUGCAGAGCGACUCCGAUCGCAGCGGGACGACUUACUGGCUGGGGUCUGACUCGGAGACCGAGAGUGUGAUCCACAUCAGGGCGAAGCAGAGAUCCGCGGAUGAACGCCUGGAUGGCAGCGGCAGCGAGUGCAACUCGGUGGUGCCUAAAAAGCGACGUCGCCGGGACCACCACGGCACCGAUCACCAGCAACACCAUCAGGUGACCUACGACGAGUUUCCAGCGUCGCCGAGGUCCUCCAGGUCCACCGCUUCCUCCAGGUCGAGCUCGUUGCUGCAGUUCGAGUCGCUGGAGAGGACUUGCGCCACCCUGUCGCCGUCCAGCUACAGCUUCGACUCGCUGGAAUACUCCAACAGGUCGAACACCUCGCAUCCAGAAAACGACUCGCCCGACAGCCUGGAACAGGACUACGACAGGCUGCUGCCGAACGGCUUCGCCAGCAACCUGUCGGGCCAUUUUCCCAGGAUCAGGCCUUAUCGUAGCUUCGAGAGCCUCGACACGUGUCAGAAGGACGAUAGCUUCGGUCAAGCUACCAUGUCGAAUGGUUUCGCACCUUUGUACCUGAAGAGGGGUGCCGACCUGUCGAACAUCGGCAGGAAUAGUCAGCGUCCAAGAGACUUCUGGCACGAGGACGAUUACGAGGACGAAGAAGACGACGACGAGGAGGAUGACGAGGACGAGUUCGAGGAGUGCGACCGGGGCGCGAAUGAGCCUCGAGUAACGAGCGACUUCGAGGACCGUCUGCUGCUGUUCGGUGAGUCCGGCAAGUACGCGACGUCCUUGGAUUACCGGAACACGAUAGACCUGCGGGAGAUCGGUGUGGAGACGAAGAGAGACACGCUUUUGGAGCUCAAGUCCGGGCAGAAGACCGCCAGGUUAAAUAUAGCCGUCGCUGGCGGCGGCUGUGGCAACGGCGGCGGCGGUGGCGGCACUGGUGCUGGUAGCGACGGCACAGAACACCAUCAUCAUCACCAUCAUCAUCAUCAUCAUCAUCAGCAUUCGCAGCAACAACAGCAGCAGCAGCAGCAGCAGCAGUUCCAACACCAACAUCAGCAACAGAACGACCAACACGAUCACCAUCAUCACCACCACCACCACCACCACCACCACCGCCGCCGCCGCCGCCAACAACAGCAGCAGUACCAAGGGUGGAGCGACGAGGAGCGCUUUAAUUUUAGAUUCACGGACAAGUCGCAGAGCGCGCCCAGUCUGCUCGACAACAUCGAGGAGUCAGCACGGCUGAACGGCUGCGCGGCUCGUCGCACCUCGAGGACGACCUCCUACGUGUCGACGUCGAGCCUUUUCGAGAAUUACACGCGGGUAGCGAGCGUGCCGGUGGACCUGAAUCUCUGCGGCGUCGUCGCCUGCGACGAACGUCGUGACGAGCAGAUGAACGGCCACGAAAUGGCGGAGACCGCGCCCGCCGAUCAAGAGAAGAACAGCGCGAAGGCUGCCGAGGAGGAGGAGGAGGAGGAGGAGGAGGAGGAGGAGGACGAGGACGAGGACGAGGACGAAGCGAGCGGCUCGAUGGAGAACAACGAGGCACCAGGAGGAGGAACGUCAUCGGGCAAGGUCACAUUGACCAGCUCGGUGAGGACUCAGCCGGCACAAAGCGCGCUCAUGGGCGACGGCGGUGCGGAGAUUCUUGAAGAGAAGAAGAGCAGCGAAGUGCGCUCGAAGGUUGCCGUCGAGUGCGUCGAGGACCACUGCGAACGGCAACCACGCAAGCAGCCCAAGACAACGUCGACCGUGAAGACACAGGAUCACGCCAAUUGCAUGCUGGACAUAACGAUGAUGACGGAGAACGACAUCGACGAGGCCAUCAAGCAGUUCAAGCGCGAGGUGGAGGAGGCCGCGGCCUCCGGAGUGGCGAACGCCGCCAUUUUGGCGAUGGAGACGAUCCAGCGGACACCGUCCGGGCGCGUGAGGAGCCGCAGAGUGAAGAACAACGCCAGCUACGAAUUGGCGCAGCAAUUCGAGGUGGACGAGCGGAAUUUUCAUAUUCGCGGCAAGGAGAACAGCGAUGAGGAGGCGAACCGAGUCGGUUCACCCGGCAAGAAACAUGUGUUGAACAACGCCAGCUACGAAUUGGCGCAGCAGUGCGACUACGUGAAAGCGAUGCAGAGCAACAGGGCCGCGUUUCAUCGAAUGGACGCCUGCGACGAGCUGGAGGAGGCGUCCUCAUCCGGCCGUUCUUCGGGUUUGAAGAUCGCCGACGUGAUGCGCCAGAUGGACUCCGGCAGCAACAUCAGCGAGAACUCGUACUAUAGGCCCGCGGAGAGCUACAACAAUGCAUCCUCCCGUACGAUCAGCGACCAGGACGACUCGCUCUUUGGUCAGAUAAAAAAAAACUCGGAUCCAUUUUCAGCCUGUGGCGAUGUUAGCGCGCGCUCGCGCCUGGUAGACGACGAGGUAGAUUACCCCUGCUUGGAAACCAAACCCAUAGGAGCGUCCUACUUGAAGGGAGUCGUCCUGCGAGAGAGGGUCGAGUCGGAGAAGAAUGUUCUUGAGAAUCCCGCGGUGGUACCCGCUGCGCACGAGGAGAACGAGCACCCCGUGAGCCGCGAAGGGGAGCCCGGAGAAGUCACGAUGGAGGAGAGUCUGAUCGGUGGUGAGUCUUGCCCGGAGCGAGCGGCGCAGCUACCUCGUCACCAAGAGGACGAGAGCGAGGAGCGUCGACAGCGGGAGGAGUCGCGGAACAAGCAGUCGGACGAUCCUCGCGAGGAACGUUCCCCGAGUCCUGGUUCGAGCGGUCGAAGUGCCGGCGAACGUCUGUGGAGGGUCGUGAUCGAGAAACAAGCGGCGAGGCAGCAGGAGGUAGAGGAGCACGAGCGAGAGGAGGGAGCGAGGGACGGGGUGGAGGUGGUGGAAAAGAAGGAAGAGGAGGUGGAGAAAGAGGGACACAGUGUUCACGGUGUUGGCUCGUCCCCACCCGGCGGCCGAACGAGACUUGGCGAACGUAGUGGGAAACCGACGGUGGCCGUGGCAGUUGAUACGAAUCAUCGUGGUGAUCGCGACAAACGUCACGAGGAGCGCGCGUCGAGCAACGAGGACGCGGCCGUAAUCGCGAAGCGGCCGUUCGUCGUCGCUACCCCGAAGAAGAAGGAGCACAACAAGUACGAGGCCACCGCUUCAUCCUCGUCUUCGUUACCGUCGUUACCGUUAUCGUUGCUGUCGUCAUCCUCGUCCGGGGCCAUGAAGAGCGAGGAGAGGAAGAAGGGCGGCCUGGGUGGCUUCCUACAGAGGUUCUCCAAGCUGCGAUUCAGCGGCAGGACGAAGGUUCCGCGUUCGGAAGCGCAGAAGAAAAUCACCGAGCCGAGGGCGAGCGAAGAGCAGCAGCCGGCCGCGACGACCAAGAAGAAGGAGCCGGACUACAUCAUCAUACCAUUGCACCCACCCGAGGAGGAGAGGAGACGCCAGGAGGUGGUUACUUUCGAGGAAGCCGCCAGGAGGAACAACGUGGACAUUCAGAGAAGCGCGUCCAGCGUCAGCAGUAACGGGAGGGCGCCAGUGUCCAGCAAACCACCCCUGCCGCCGCAGCCGCCGCGCGUCGCCGCACUGAGCACGCGGGCGUCGGCGUCGACAGCGUCGGCGUCGGCGUCGGCGUCGGCGUCGCGCCGACGCGCCGCCACGGACCUUGGCAACCCGGCGGCGAUCGAGAUGGCGAAGGCGCGCGCGAUGCAGGCCGCCCAGGAGCGCCCGGUCGGCCUGCUGGAGACCGACCUCGACGAGGCCGUGAUCAACACGAACUACGGGAACAGGACGACAACGACGACGACGACGACGACGACGGCGUCGUUGACGCGCGCCGGUCAAACCGCCGCCGCCGCCGCUGCUGCUGCCGCCGCCGCCGCUGCCGCUGCCGCCGCCACCACCGCCGGCAAGAAGACCCGCAGCCUGCUCGACCUCAACCACACCUCGGCGGCGCCGCGGCCGCGGCCAGAGCACGCCCUCCACGUACCCCAGUCGCCCGUCGGCGCUUCGCACAGGAGCCCCCGCGACGACGCCGCCGCGUCCGCCAUCCACCAGCGGCCCCACAAGUCCAUGGAGUUCCUCCUCGACAAGGAGAACCUACAUUUCGUCAAGCCGCCGGAGAAUGAGCUGCAGAAGGUGGGCGAGCGCGUGCCAAGCGAGCACGAACUCCGCGUGCAGCGGUCGCUGCAGCGGCUGAACGUGCCUGACUGGUACAAGAAUUCGCCGGCAGCCCGCGACGGCUUCCGACUGAAGAGACACUCGGACGCGUCGCAGCACGGAGGGUGGCGCGCCCUCGGCUCCAAGACCACCUCCCUGUCGUCCCUCUCGUCGUCUUCCAACCGACAGCCGACCACAGGUGCCCUUCUGAGUCCCAGUCCCACGCCUCCCGUGUUCUCGAGAUGGAGUACCAGCUUGCUCAACAGCGCCGGCAGUUCGCCAGCGAGUUCGGCCAGGUCGUCCUUCAACCACCGACAGCCCUACUUGGGCUGGCGUUCUCAGGAACGACUGACCAACCCGCGCACGCCGGCGGAACGUCUCGCUCAGGGUAUACUUCCUCAGCUGCAGGCCGCAAACAAGCAACAGCAGCAGCAGCAACAUCAGCAGCAGCAGACAACGAAUCAGCAGCUGGAGGUGCGGAACUCGAUAAAGGAGGUGACCUCGGCCAUCGUGCACUACGUGCAGAGCGGCCAAGAGGUCGGCGGCGGCGGCGGCGGCAGACUCUCGCCUCGACCUCGACCUGAAGAUUGGGACGACAGGGGCGGAGCGAGGUCGACCAGCCCCCGAGGAUCGGGCCAGAGCGAUACGGACGAGGCGAUGGCGACGGCAGCUCUUCUGCGGAACAAACCGAGUCCGGGUUCCACGACCCUGGAGGACGUACUUGACUCCCUCCUGGGGCUGCCACCCGCGUCGCGUACUCCGAGUCCUGGCCCAGGACCCGUCGUGACCGCUACGUCCAUCCGCCAUCGUACGAACGUCAGCCAGGCGAAAGCCGGGAAGAGCUGCAGCGACCUACGCCAAGACCUCCAAGAGUCCGCUAGGAGCGUGAUGGACGUGCAGGCGGCGGUCGAGGAGCGCACCUUCUACUCCGGCGAGCUGGUGAGGCGGAAGAGCGAGGGUAGCGAUACCUUACCCUCUCGACCAUCGGCAUCGUCGUUGAUGCCGCGCGGCGGCGGCGGCGGCGGCGGCGGCGGCGGCGGCGGCGGUAGCGUCCAACGUCACCGCAGGGUCUCCUUCGACAACGCGCAGGACUCGACGAACGGCGGCAGCUCGGCGGACAAGGUGGUGCGCUGCCGCAACAACAAGUGCGGCAACUCCACGACGCUGGCGGAGGCGCGCAGGACCUACAAGAGCUGCCACAACUGCACCUGCCUGUACUGCUCGCGCGAGUGCCGGCGGGCGCACUGGCAACGUCACCGCAGGACUUGCCUGCACUCGCGCGCCGGCAGCCUCUGCCGGCAGGUAUUGUCCUCGGCGAAGGAGGACCCAGCUACGCUCAAGCACAUCUCCGCGCUCGCCCGGCGCGGCCACGCCGCUCAGGGUCGCGGCGCGGUCAAAUGCUUCUUCUCGAGCCCGGAAGCGGCGGAGCGCUUCGUCGGUAACGGCUUCGCCGACCUCGGCGAGCCCACCUACGUGCGCUGGUCGGACCUGCUGCCGGGCGAGAUGGGCGCCGAGCUCUACGCCGAGCUGAUGCGCCUCUGCAAGACGUACAAUCCUGAGGCGCGGUUGGUGCUCUACGUGGCGGUGUGCGUGGUGAGCGAGGUGCCGACCAGCGGCGCCGUCAGGUGGGAGCGCCAGCUAGUGUCCAGGUGCGCGAAGAUCCGCUUGGACGGUGCGGCUAAACAGCACGCCUCCUCGUCGUCGACGUCGCCGCAGGCUAGACGACAACUGCAGCUGCAGCAGCAGCAGCAGCAGCAGCAGCAGCAGCAGCAGCAGCAGCAGCAACAACAGCAGCAGCAGCAGCAGCAGCAGCAGCAGCAGCAACAACAACAGCAGCAGCCGCCUGCGUCGCCGUGCAACAUCACCCGGGAGAUGGACUCGCCCGAGACUCUGGUGCUGACCUCGUUGCCGGGCAACAACGGGCAGAACACGCCGCGGAAGGCGCGGGAGAUCAGCUUCACCAACAUCCAGCGGCAGCUGAGGUUGCGCGGGGUGUCCUUGAGGCGGCACUUCCCCCAAGUGUACCGGAAGCUCUGCUCCUACGUGGACGGCUCGGUCGACAAGUUCGCGCCGGUUACCAUCUAUCCGAAGGAUCAAGCCUCCGGCAAGAGCUUCAUGUGCAUCAUCAUGUUGGACGCGGAACCCGAGCGCCUGCAGCUCUUGCCGACCGACUCGUCCCGGGUGAGGACGGUGGACAUCAGCGUGGAGCAGGAGUGAAGAGACGACGGGGGAGAGGCGUCAGGGUCGUGUCGGAGCUUGUCCAAGUGACACGUCGCUCAGGAUUUUCCUCAGGUUCUCGGGCAAGGGGAUGCGGCCGUCGCGACUCGGACUGUUUGUUGCGCACGACGGCGACUGGGGGGAGUGGGAGUUGGGCUGACGCGAAGGUCCAAAGGGCGUACUCGCGAGUUUCGACCGCGUCUCUUUUCAUCGCUUUUCUCGCGGUUUUAUUCCAGAGGGAUUAUUAGGCAACUUUAUCGUUCUUGUUGAAGGACGCAACAAGCGCUCUAUCGCGGCUCGUUGCUUCUUGAGCGGAAACAGAACGGCGGAACGAGUUAUUCUUCAGGGUGGGCAACGCCAGUUGGUCUCUUCAAUGGAUAACGAGCGACGGUGACGAGUUGCUUCUUCGAGCGACUUCCUGUCGGGUUCACGCCGGGGAUCGUCCUCGGGGGGACACGCGAAAGAAAGACUGAAUUCGGCCACGUCGCUGCGAAAUAGUGAAACCGGCUCCUGCGCGCCCGCGCUUGUACAAAGAUAACUUUGUUAAUCUUUAUUCAUUCUUGUAAAGACACGCGCUGUUUGUCUGUCUGGCUGCCUGCCUGGCUCUCUCUCUCUCUCUCUCUCUCUCUCUCUCUCUCUCUCUUUCUCUCUAUCUUUCUAUCUGUCUAUUUGUCUGUCUCUUUCUCUUUCUCUACAAACGGAGGAAAUGGAUUUUCUGGAACUCGUAAACCGGUCGAACUCCUUCGAGACGUCCUUCGGACCUUCGCGCCGCUCGGGAAGGAUUGGGUUCAGUCGACGAGAGUCCCAGGUAGAUAUAAAAGAGCGCGGCAUCUGAUGCCGGCUCCAGGGACGUGUGAUUUCACACAUACACACAUACACUCACACACAAAGACUGUUUCUAUCUCUCCUUGUGGAGAAAAAAAAGAAAGAAAGAAAGGAAGAAAACGGAGAAAACAAAUCGGACGCGAAGAACGAAGUGCUCGUGCGCACGCACUUUCUUUUCUGCGGCAUUCUUACGUAAUAUCCGCGACGAAGCAUCAUCAAUCAAUCAAGCAACCUUCUGUCGUUUCGAAAGUCCUCGAUUUGAUCGUUGCUGUAUGAAAUGUUUAUUGAUCGUUCGCCGAGGCUCUCGUCGAGGAGAUCCUCGUCGAUCGUCCGGCCCUUUCGCUCUGGCGCGCGCGGUAUUUUCUCUCCGCAAGGGUUUCGAUUUUCAUUAAGACGUCUCAUUAGCGCGGAAAGUCGAUAUAAUUCAAAGUUUGACAGUUGAGAAUUGAUUCGUUUGCUGUUUCGCAAAAAAAAAAAAAAAGAAAAAAAAAAGAAUACGGCACAAAUCAUUUCGGACGCGUGUGAGAAAUCAGGCCGUCGUCGGCUGUUCGUCUGUUUGUCAGACAAUCAAACUCCUCAGCUUUGAAAAUAACGAGACGACGAUCCCGAUUGAAUAUCAGCCGUUGAUCCUCCGCCGGCUGCGGUUCCUCGCCGGCGCAGCGGAAAGGCCACGGACGGCCGGGGAGGUCCUCCUUCUCGGCGGACGGAACGGAAAGUAACACUUAGAGUAUGUUGUUGUCUCUUCGUUCAACUUUGCAUCGUUUAAAUUUUAUCGUAUAUAUUAUAUGUGUGAGAACGCGAGAGAUGUCUCUCGGACACGGAGAAUACACGGAGAAUACACACUCACGAUUAACACGCUCGCGCUGCAGAGUUUCGCUCGGCCGCCGCCGACCGAUCGGGCGGGGGGCUCCGGAGGUAGGAGGAGGCGAAGCAGAGGACGAACGGAAAGGAAGAGGAGGAAACAAUCGCGAUUCCGGGCGAGCGCUCUUCGCGCUUUCCUCCGGAGGUCCGUUUCCGCGCGAGCGCGCUCGUUCGUCGCGAGGAGAAUUCUCCCCGCCUUACUUCGCGGCUCGCGGCUGUCGUUCUCAUUGUCUCGGCUCGAUUCUACCGAGCUUUGCUGCUGAUCUUGGGGUUCCCUCCUCGCGUCUGGAAUUUGUCGCGGGCGCAGCGAACGGGCAGGACGCGAAUUGUGGGAGAUCCGCGUCGCGAGUAUUAUCAUACACCUCCAUGACAUCGUGCCAAAUGAGAGAAGGGCGUGAUAACGGGAGGGCGUGGGGGGGGGGGGGUGCGAUCCGCCGCGUUUCAGGUGGGCCUCGCCGUGGGCCUGCGGCCAGGCCCAGGUGGGACGGAAGGUGACGAUAACGUCGAAGCGACUCGCGCUUUUCGGUCAUCAUUCCGUCGUCUUGACUUUGCGUUCUACCUGGGGGCGAAGAUUCUGUCCGUGCUUGACACGAGGACAAACGUGUCGCCGAGGAAGAGACGACUCUCUCGGUCGCGUGAGACCUAGCGAGGGAGCUCGCUGCCGCACCUGAACGCUGCGACUCGCGGGGGAAGGAAGAAAGUAAAUGAAAAAGAAACACAAUAUCGCGGGAUGUCGCGUCGCUUUCGGAUGUGAUCUCAGGAUUGUAGCCUCGGGGGAGGGGAGGGGGGGAACGUGACCCGCGCGUGAUUCUCUCGGCUGAAACGCGGAUGAAAGGCUUCUGCGUGGGGGGGGGAUCAACGAAGCGCCAAUUUAAUAUAGUAAGGGUAGUUUUAACUCGCGCGAGCUGCAUCACGAACCGACGCGGAAAGGCUGAUCUCUCUCUCUCUCUCUCUCUCUCUCUCUGACAAAAAAGGAUAAGGAAAACAAACAAAAGGAAAGCAAGGAGAAGAAGGAAAGCGAUCGGUAACAGUGCCAACUGAAUAACGUCUCGAAGACUCGCGGAAAUUUCGCCGCGCGCACUCGCGAACCGAUUCACCGAGCGACGACUAAUUAUUAAUUAUUACUUAACCAUUCGGCGAGUGAAUUGUGCGAUUUUACGGACACUGCAAGCGCUUAGAGAGAUCCGUUGUCGCAUCUGUAUAAAUAAUAUAUAAUUGAGAAAGGAGCACACAUGUACGCGCGAUAAUUAUAAUUUCGACGCUCGCUUCUCCUCACAGAUAUCUAAAUUGCCUGUGACUGUUACAUAAUGAGAAAUUAUAUUCGAAUUAUUUAUAAUUAUUAUACGAUAAUAAAAGUCUCUUGAAGUUCAGCGGA